AUGGACCAAGCCAAGGAUCUCCUCGAAAUGCCGCGCGAAUUCCUCAAGGACGGCAGGGGCUUCAUCACGCGCUGCAGCAAGCCCGACCGCCGCGAAUUCCUCCGAAUCAGCCAAGCCGUCGGCAUGGGGUUCCUCAUUAUGGGCGUGAUUGGAUACAUUGUCAAGCUGAUCCAUAUUCCCGUGAACAACAUCUUGGUUGGUGGCGCAUAG